UUAAAAGGACAUGAAGUAUAAUCCCCUUACAAGUAGUUCGUGUAUUUAUAAACAGACCUAAAUAGUUAAAUACCAAAUACUGUGAACUACUACCAACAGUCAGUCAUUUACAUGUGUCUGGCGGGGAUGGAUUUUUCGCUGUGAAUAUAGUUUUAAAUACAUGUGAACUGCUUAAGGUUAACCUGUUAUACUGAGUGAAUAGGAUUAAAAAGAAAUAAUGAAUGGACAUGCAUAUAUAACCACAGAUGCGGAAGCGACCGUGUGUAAGGCCAAUGGUCAUGGCACAAAUCACGUGAUAAGUAAACCCACAGACCACGUGACCAUGGCGGCACCCCCUGGGCCCGGCGGGCCGCCGAUAAUAGGUCAAGCCUUCAAUCUGGACACGGACCAUUUACAUUUACAAUUCAUGGAGUGGCAGAAACGUUUCGGAGAUUUAUUCAUGUUUAAAGUUCUUGGUAAAAACUUCUUAGUAAUAAGCCAUCCGGAUAUUUUGAGACGAAUGUUUGUGACGUGUGAGCACGCGAAACGUUUUAACGACCGUCCGGCCAGUUUUAUGGGCAAAUACGUUAUAGACAAGACCAAAGACAUUGUGUUCCGGAAGUGUGACGAUGAGCAACAGAUUCUAAAAAACGCUUGUUUGGAAUACCUUGAGGCCCGUCUGCUGGAAGAAACCUGGUUUUACACGGCUGUUUGCCAGGAGGCCCGGGAUCUUGUUCGGGAUUUGACGCACCUUGAAGGGAAAAACGUCGACGUCAUCGCCGUCUUAGAUAGGCUGACCGUCAAGAUUAUGGGACUUCUGUUGACGGGGGAGCGAAUCUCAGAAGCGGGUCCGGAGUUCGACUCCCUCCAGGGUUUCAUGCACGCCGGAAGUGAGCUAGGAACCGUCAAGAACCAGACGUUGUUGACCAAGUUGCCAUGUCUCCGGAAAUUACCAGGAAAUCUGAAGGACCUGUAUGACAAGAUUGAGCUACAAAAGACGCGCCUUCGGGAGUGCUUCCUCGCUAAUUGCAAGAGUGACCGCGGCCUGAUUGCCAUGUUGAGGCGUCUGCAGGCAGACCAGCGACAAGAAUCAGAGGGAGAGGCCUGGCUCGAGGACGACUUCAUCCUGGGCAUUAUCAUGGACCUCACAGCAGCAGCGAUCGUUCCACUUCAGAACACAAUAUCAGUAUUAUUUCUAGUCCUCGUGCACCACCCGGAAAUACAAGACCGAAUUCGUGCAGAAUCAGCGUCACUUAACGCUGACGUCACAAUAAAUGGCGUCACAAACAUGCCAUACAGCAGCGCGUGUAUGCUGGAACUGAAGAGGUUUCACACGCCACUGCCGAUAUCUGCUCGUCAUAGUAACCCGUCCGGCGCUGCAACAUUCGAAAAAUACAACAUACCAAAGAAGACAGAGAUUUUCUCGAACUUGUUCGGUAUCCACCACGAUGAAAGGUUCUGGACAGACCCAUGGACGUACAACCCGGAGCGCUUCCUCACAGCUACCGGUCAGCUGGUGCCGUCUGACCACCCCGCAAUGACCAACCUGGUUGCCACGGGCGUUGGUCCCAGACGGUGCGUGGGUUCCAAGUUCUCCGAAAAUGUACUCCACCUGGUUGCCGCCACCGUUGUUAGUCACUUCCGGUUGACGGCCGGGCAAGACGCUCCACUUCCUGAGUGUGAUCCCCGGAAGUUCGUGCCGGGGGUCGUUACAAAAGCGCCAGACUUUCAAUGCGUUUUUGAACCAGUGUAGUAAAAGAUAAUUGAAUAAUAAUGAUUUUCUCUAAGAUUUGCUUUCGGGGCAGUUUUCGGAAAACGGAUAGUCUGGAACUCAUCGAUACCUCUUUUGUUUUUUCUUACGAAGCUGAUAGCUAUUUGGAGACAUUUUAUCAUCCGUUUACUCAUCCUUCUUAUUAAAGAACUAACCUGAUGCCGUUUUAUCAAAAGGUGCCGCCUUUUCAUGAAAACUGUCUCUGUUAUGAUAACAUUUUUUUUUCAAAACUAGUAUAUAUAUUAUAUACUUUACAAAUAUGUGUAUUCAUUUGACACUUAAACCUAACAUUGAUGCUAAUAUUUAAAGAGAGGAUCGUGUACAUGCAAUUAAAUUUACUUUUGCUUUUUUCGAAACUAUUUGUUUUAAAUUAUUUUUCUUACCCUGUUUGGCAGAGACGUUGAUAUAUGAUGCUAUGGGAAUGCUGAUAUUUAUGGACUAAGUGAAAUUUUCUAUUUGACUUCAGUUUCAUCGUUGUAACAUGUAUAUUUAUAUGUGUAUGUCAGGCGCGUAGCUGUACUGUCCGCAAAUACGCAGUUGCGUAAUGACAAUUUAACAGUGUGAAGGGGUUAAUAUGCUGCCCGUCAUCGUUCUGUGUAAUCCCAAAUUGGCCCUGGCUAUGCGCCAGCUGUAUGUGCAUGUUUAUCAUAAUAGCGUCGCUUGCGUUCUUUAACUCAAAUGAUUAACAGCUCUAUGUCAUUGUUGUAAAUAUCCAAUGUCUCUAAUAGCUGCCAUUUUCACUGUAAAAAAUAUAUUUCUGCCAUUUUCAUUGUUAGUAAUAUUUUCGUUAAAUAAAUUAUAUGUUGUCGAACUCAUUGUCUAAAGUUUCAUGAUGUUGUAUAUAGAUGUAUUUAAGCAUGUUUUAAUAAAAUAAAUAAAUUUGAA